AAUGCAGCCAAAAUAUUCCAUUCGUUGUCAAACUUCACCAGCUUGUCAAUAACACCCAGGUUCCCCGAUAUCUGGCAUUGAUAUCUAGCGCGCAAUAGAGCAGUUUUGAUUUUUAUGUUUGUCGCUCGUUUCCCGUCAAAAGACCUCAGGACCAUGCUCCGAUCACCUGGCAUCGCGCCCCUCGUCUCUUCGAACAAUGUUGCGAUAUUAAGAGCUCGGGCUCUCCAGCAGCUACCGUCAGCUAGGGGGCGCACGAUUCAAUAUGCAUCCCAAGUCUCGAGAGGGCCGCAUACCUUGCGAAAGCGGCCACAAGUUGCUGGCGCGCUGAGAAACUCCAAUUUGCGACAGCUCUCUCAUACACCAAUUCGAUUGUCGCCGGGCAAGCAGGUACUGAAAACCAGGUCGAGAACCCUCGAUUUCGUGUACAGAGCCGCGGCAUGGUUGGGCAUUUCGGUGACGGUUGCGUCAGCUGGUAUCAUCAGCUUCUUUCUAUACGAUGCGUCGACUUAUCGGGAGGAUCUCUCACAUAGGGACAUUCAAAUAUCCGGCCUAGCCCUGAACCCUAAACUCGGGGGCCCGAAAAACUUGCCCAUUGCAGAGGCUCUCAUGGACGAUGAAGAUGACGCUGAUAUGGAGCGCCAGCAGAACAAGCCGAGACUGGUUAUACUGGGAGGUGGAUGGGGAAGCGUGGCUUUGAUCAAGGAAUUGAGAGUGGAGGACUACCAUGUUACUCUGAUCUCGCCAACAAACUACUUCUUAUUUACGCCUAUGCUGCCAUCUGCGACUGUGGGAACGCUGGAACUGCGCUCUCUUGCUGAGCCUAUUCGACGUAUCGUCUCUAAUAUCAAAGGCCACUUUAUCAAGGCUCGAGCUGAAGGUGUCGAGUUUUCAGAGAAGUUAGUUGAGGUGUCGCAGGUUGGCCCAGAUGGGAAAAGAACCCACUUCUACCUGCCAUACGACAAGCUUGUCAUUGGCGUGGGAUCAACAACGAAUCCCUAUGGCGUCAAGGGACUUGACAACUGCAACUUUCUGAAAGAUCUCGACGAUGCUCGGAAAAUUAAGCACAAGAUUCUGAACAACCUCGAAGCUGCCAGUCUCCCUACUACGUCUGAGGAGGAGCGAAAGCGCCUUCUUUCGUUCGUUGUUUGUGGUGGUGGCCCAACAGGUGUCGAAUUUGCUGCUGAGUUGUUCGAUCUUCUUAACGAGGACCUGACACAAUACUUUCCCCGGCUCAUUCGCAAUGAAGUAUCGGUACAUCUUAUCCAGUCUCGAGGCCACAUCUUGAACACUUACGACGAAGCUGUGUCAAAGUAUGCCGAAGACCGCUUCUCUCGCGACCAAGUCCAGGUCCUCACCAAUUCUCGUGUGAAAGAAGUCAGGCCUGACAAAAUUCUCUUCACACAAAAGGAUGAUCAUGGAGAGACUGUAACCAAGGAACUCGCCAUGGGCUUCUGUCUGUGGUCUACGGGCGUAUCACAGACCGACUUCUCCAAAAACGUCGCCCAAACCCUCGGUGACACCCAAAAGAAUAAACAUGCUUUGGAAACCGACUCGCACCUCCGACUCAUUGGCGCACCAUUGGGCGAUGUCUACGCCAUCGGCGACUGCUCCACCGUCCAAAACAACGUCGCGGACAACUUAGUCUUCUUCCUCAACAACCUAGCAUAUGAGAAGGGGAAAGAUCCCAAGACAAUGCAGAUCGAAUUCGGCGAGUGGAUCCAAGUUGGCCGCCGCAUUCGGCGCCAAUUCCCACAGGCCUCGGAGCAUCUGAAGCGCCUGGAUAAGCUAUUCGAGGCCUACGACAAGGACCAGUCUGGAACUCUCGAUUUCGGCGAAAUGCGGGAACUGCUGAUGCAGAUUGAUAAGACGCUUACUUCGCUUCCUGCCACCGCCCAACGUGCCCACCAACAGGGCCAGUACCUAGCUCAUAAGUUCAACAAGAUGGCGCGCGCUGCGCGGGGCUUGACAAUGAACGAAGUGCGUGAUGGCGAUUUGGACGAUGCUGUGUAUAAAUCAUUCAAGUAUCAUCACCUGGGUAGCUUGGCAUAUCUUGGAAAUAGCGCAGUGUUUGAUCUCGGUGGGGGGUGGAAUGUAUUGGGUGGCCUGUGGGCGGUGUAUGCGUGGAGGAGUGUGUACUUCGCACAGAGUGUCAGUAUCAGAACGAGGUUGCUGUUGGCUAUGGAUUGGGCGAAACGAGCGCUUUUUGGCCGAGAUAUGAUGACCUUUUGAUUCGAUGGAGGCCUGUUAGAGUAGUUUCCGUGGAAGGGGCAGAUGUGUCUACGGUUUUACAAUGGCUCUGAGGGUCUCUACGGGACUGAUGGCAGAACGCAGCACAAGAAUAUGUGCUGCGCCAGAGAAGAGACAGAGGAACAGCCAUUGGUAUGGAUGACAAGUAUAUAUUUAGAUUCUAGCCUAAACAGCAGAAAUAGAUAAAUAUUGGGGACAA